GAACUUAGGCCCUUAUUAUUGCUAUUAAAAAAACAAAAAAAAAAACCUUAUUACACAAAACAAAGACAAAAUUUGAUGAACCACGAGCCACUACAUCACUUCUUGCACUAUAUAGUUUUAACACACAGUUCUUGAUUAAUGCUUGGCGGCAUAAUCAUCAUCAUUUGAAAUUAGCAUGCUCUUACGUUUCCCUCCAUUCAACUCAAAACCACCACUUCACAUUCUCUUAUACCAUUCCACCACUACAACAACAAUUUCAAAACAACAAUGCAAAACCUUAAUCCAAACAAAACUACUUCAUCAACAAAACAUCGUACACGGUCAUAUCUUAAACUACACAAACAUAUCCAGCCUCAUUGCCAAUUACAUAUCCUUCAAUUCCACAAAAAACGCCAUUUUACUUCUAGAAAAAAACAUCACACCAUCUGAUUCAUCAGUUUACUGGUGGAACCAAUUAAUAAGACAUGCACUUCACUUAAAUUUACCUCAUGUUGUUUUACGACUUUUCUGUCGUAUGAAAAAACUUAACUGGGUUCCUGAUCAUUAUACAUACCCUUUUGUUUUUAAAGCUUGUGGCGAAAUUUCGAAUUUUGAACUCGGUGGUUCGAUUCAUGGGUCUGUUUUACGAUCGGGUUUUGAUUCUAAUGUGUUUGUUUGUAAUGCGGUGGUGUCAAUGUAUGGGAAAUGUAAGGCGGUUGUUGACGCACGGAAGGUGUUUGAUGAAUUGUGUCAUAGAGGGAUUUGUGAUUCGGUGUCGUGGAAUUCGAUUGUUUCUGUUUAUUCGCAUUGUUUUGUUCCGAAUGUUGCGGUUUCACUUUUUAGGGAAAUGACGAUGGGUCAUGGGUUGUUGCCGGAGGCUGUUGGUGUUGUUAAUAUACUUCCUGUUUGUGGUUUUCUUGGUUUAGGGUUACAUGGGAAACAGGUUCAUUGUUUUUGUGUUAGAACUGGGUUGGUUGAUGAUGUUUUUGUUGGGAAUGCUUUGGUUGAUAUGUAUGCAAAAUGUGGGAAAAUGAGGGAUGCUGAUAAGGUUUUUGAGAGGAUGAGGUUUAAGGAUGUUGUUACUUGGAAUGCUAUGGUUACUGGGUAUUCUCAAAAUGGUAGAUUUGAGGAUGCUCUUUCUUUGUUUGGGAAAAUGAGGGAAGAGAAAAUUGAGUUGGAUGUUGUUACUUGGAGUUCUGUUAUUGCUGGGUAUGCUCAGAAAGGGUUCGGUUGUGAAGCAAUGGACGUGUUCAGGGAAAUGUGUGGAUGUGGUUGUCGUCCUAAUGUGGUUACUCUCGUUUCAUUGCUUUCUGGUUGUGCGUCAGUUGGAGCAUUGCUUCAUGGGAAAGAAACUCACUGUUAUGCAAUUAAAUUUAUUCUCAAGGAGGAGCAUGGUCAUGAUGAUUUGAUGGUUAUUAAUGCUCUAAUUGAUAUGUAUGCUAAAUGCAAGAGUUUAGAAGUAGCUCGUGUGAUGUUUGAUGAAAUAUGUCCCAAAGAUAGGGAUGUGGUAACUUGGACCGUGAUGAUCGGAGGGUAUGCUCAGCAUGGUGAUGCAAAUCAUGCCCUGCAACUUUUCUCUGAAAUGUUCAAAAUUGAUAACUGUAUAGUUCCUAAUGAUUUUACUAUAUCUUGUGUACUCAUGGCCUGUGCUCGUUUGGCAUCAUUGAGGUUUGGUAGGCAAAUACAUGCUUAUGUGUUGAGAAGAAGUCGUAUUGAUUCAGAUGUUCUGUUUGUGGCUAAUUGUCUCAUAGACAUGUAUUCUAAAUCUGGAGAUGUAGAUACUGCUCAACUUGUUUUUGACAACAUGUCGAAGAGAAAUGCUGUCUCUUGGACCUCAUUGCUCACAGGGUAUGGCAUGCAUGGACGCGGGGAAGAUGCUCUCCGUGUUUUUGGUGAGAUGAGGAAAGCGGCUCUAGUACCUGAUGGCAUAACAUUUCUAGUUGUGCUUUAUGCUUGUAGUCAUUCGGGAAUGGCGGAUCGUGGAAUCAAUUUGUUUUAUAGAAUGAGCAAGGAUUUUGGCAUUGAACCUGGAGCAGAGCAUUAUGCUUGUAUGGUUGAUCUUUUGGGUCGUGCUGGUCGUCUAGGUGAUGCUAUGAGACUCAUUAAUGAUAUGUCGAUGGAACCACCACCAGUAGUGUGGGUGGCCUUGCUUAGUGCUUGUAGGAUACACUCGAAUGUGGAACUUGGGGAAUUUGCAGCAAAAAAAUUGUCAGAAUUGGAGGCUGUUAAUGAUGGUACAUAUACAUUGCUUUCAAACAUAUAUGCCAAUGCUAGUCGCUGGAAAGAUGUGGCUAGGAUUAGAUAUUUGAUGAAACGUACUGGAAUCAAGAAAAGACCUGGUUGCAGCUGGGUCCAAGGAAAGAAAGGCACGGAAACCUUCUAUGUAGGAGACAGAACUCACUCACAAUCUCAGCAGAUAUAUGAAACACUUGCAGAUCUGAUUCAGCGCAUUAAGGCCAUUGGGUAUGUUCCACAAACAACCUUUGCUCUUCAUGAUGUGGAUGAUGAAGAAAAAGAUGACCUGCUUUUUGAACAUAGUGAAAAGUUGGCUCUUGCCUAUGCCAUCCUAACACUACCUCCAGGUGCACCUAUUCGUAUCACUAAGAAUUUACGUAUUUGCGGUGAUUGCCAUAGUGCCAUUACCUACAUAUCCACGAUCGUUGAACAUGAGAUCAUACUUAGAGACUCAAGUCGUUUCCAUCAUUUCAAAAAUGGAUCCUGCUCGUGCAAAGGGUACUGGUGAAAGUACCAGUAGACCGUUUCAUUCGGUAUAUAGCUUUUUGCUAUGGAAUAUGUAAUUAUCUUCUUUGACUACACAUCACAUAUUUACAGCUACGUUGUGAUUGGAUUGAGAACAUUUGAACAGCUGUUUCAUGGGAAUCUGCUGAUAGCAAAUGAUUUAUUUCGUUGAACAUGCCUACUUUUGUUGAACGCAGUCUGUUGGUGACUUCACCGACAUAUGCUUGUGUCACGCUCACAGUAAAGCCCACUGCACUUGUUUACUACACUUCAGGAAUUGGAAUACCACAAUUAUUGUGCUUGGUGCUAUUCAAGGACUAACUUAUCUACUUGUGGGACUAGAGAUUCAGGUACCUCAUAGGCUUGUAUUUUUAAAGAAGAUUUGUUGCCAGAUGAUUGAGCUGAUAUAUACUGCAUUUCUUACUACAAUUGGAGUAUGAAGUAAAUCUAGGUUAUGUGACCUAUUUGUUAACAGUGGAAUAUUAAGAAUUUUUUAUGAACCAAAAGAGAAAAAUAGGACCUGGAGCCUCCGAAGUUUUCAAUUUUGCAUUUGUGCAAGUUCGCUUAAAGAGAUGUGCUAUUUUAACCUCGUAAGAGCUUAACAACUGCAGUAAGCUGUGAAUUCUUGUUUAAAUUAACUAAAUCAAGCUUUUAAAAAAAAUAUAUAGAAAGAACUACCUAGAAGAAGUGAGACUCGUGGUUUUUUCAUUGUACAAUAAUCUUCAGCAUUAAUAAAUUGUAGACUAGCAUGGAGGCACCAACCAGUACAACUGUACCGUCAUUUUAGUUUUUGCUGAACAAUUAAGAUGUUAAUGCUUAAGAAUUAGGAGUUCUAAGCUUAUAAAAGAGGAUGACUAGCUCUGUUAUUGAGGUACAUUCCUCUGUUGUGUGUAUAUAAUAUUAUUGCUGUCAAAGGAAUGAUAGAUAUGGUUUCA